AUGGCAACAAAUAAUAAAACUAAAAUAGCUUUAAUUACUGGUGCUAAUAAAGGUAUUGGUUUUGAAGUUGCACGUCAACUAGCUCAAAUGGGUAUUCAUGUACUACUUGGUUCUCGUGAUGAACAACGAGGUAAACAAGCUGUUGAAAAACUUCUUGCCGAAAAUCUUCCUGUAUCAUUAAUUCAAAUUGAUGUUACUAAUCAAUCAUCAAUUGAUGCAGCUGUUAAUGAAAUUACAAAUAAAUAUGAUCAUUUAGAUAUACUUGUUAAUAAUAGUGGUAUUUAUGUUAAAGAACCACGCCCAAGUCAAGUAACAUUAGAUUUAUUUCAUGAUAAUUUUAAUGUUAAUUUUUUUGGUGCAUUUUUUGUAACAAAAUCAUUUUUACCAUUAAUUCAUAAAUCUUUAUCAGGACGUAUUGUUAAUGUAACAAGUGGUCUUGGUUCAAUUUAUUUUCAUCAAACAUGUAAACAAUCAUAUUUUCAUUUAGCAUAUAGUACAUCAAAAGCAUCAUUAAAUAUGUUUACAUAUCAAUUAGCACAAGAAUUAAAAAAUACAAAUAUUAAAGUUAAUGCUUGUACACCUGGUUUAACAGCAACAGAAUUAACUAAUUUUCAUGGUCAUUCAGUUGAAAUAGGUGCUAAAUCAAUUAUUUUCUUAGCAACAUUACCUGAUGAUGGACCAUCAGGAAAAUAUUUUAAUGAAUAUUGUCAAGAAGAUAAAUGGUAA